AUGGAGGAAGAAUUGGGGAGAGUUUUAGAGUGGUGUGGCAGUACCCUACUGCGCACCUCCGACGGCUCGGAUCUCAUCUCGGCAAUAAACGGCUAUCGAUCGUUGAUUGCCGAGAUGAGAUUCAAGCCGCCGUCAGAUCCUGAGCCGAUCCUCGAGUUGCUUGCAAGCAACUCGGUAAUCAUUCGCAGCCCAAACACUAACUUUCCUCCUUGUUGUUUGCAUUCUGCUUUGAAGUUACUUGGAAGUUUCGGAACAGAGCUAUGGCGAUUUUCAGUGACUGAAAUCCAAUGUCCUUCGAAUUAUCAUCAAUCGGGAAAAAGCAGGAAAGUAAUUAAGAAGGUUGGGAAGAAAGAGCAUCACUUGUGGAAAAAAAGAGAUUCAGCUGGGUCUGGGCAAAAGGCACUCAACCUUGUUCAGAUUGUAUCUGGACUGCCAAAUGAGAAAGAAGCCGUUUAUGGUGCUUUGGAUAAAUGGACUGCUUGGGAAACAGAAUUUCCAUUAAUUGCUGCCUCUAAGGCUCUACGAAUGUUGAGGAAGAGGAGUCGGUGGAUUCGGGUGAUUCAAGUUGCCAAGUGGAUGUUGAGCAAAGGUCAAGGAGCGACUAUGGGAACAUACGACACCCUUCUACUAGCAUUUGACAUGGAUCAGAGGGUCGAUGAGGCAGAAUCAUUAUGGAAUAUGAUUUUGCAUACGCAUACACGUUCUAUCUCAAAGCAAUUGUUUGCUCGGAUGAUCUCCUUGUAUGAACAUCAUAACCUUCCAGAAAAGAUAAUUGAGGUGUUUGCAGACAUGGAGGAGUUAGGUGUAAAGCCAGAUGAAGACACCGUCAGGAAAGUGGCAUGUGCCUUCCAAAACCUAGGUCAAGUGGACAAUCAGAAGCUGGUUCUCAGGAAGUACCUGAGUAAAUGGAAAUACAUCCACUUCAAGGGUGAACGGGUUAGGGUAAGAAGAGAAACAUGGGAUAUAUAAAAUGCUGUUUAGACAUUCGGCUCACUAAAUGGGUGGGAAUCUAUACAUUCGCAAAAGAAGCAAACUACCAUCUGGCCUUUCAGUUUAGACCCUGAAUUUGAUCAAAGUGAACAUUUUCCAGUGGGAAAAAAAAUCAACUUGCUCUUCCAUGACUACUAGUUUCCCAUGUCAUCAUGAGACAUUGACAUGCCUAUCCAGUCUAUCUUCCUCUGCCUGAUAAUGUGGUGCUACAUUUCCAAAGAGUUGCAUUUGCUGAAACUAUGGGCAGAAUGGUUUCCUGGGUCAAAGAAAGUAGAUUGUCUUACAGGGGCUCGUUUCUACCUUGUUUUAACAAUCUGGAGGCAGAUUCAACAUCAGGAAAGAUUUUGCCGACUUAACAUUUUGUGCCCAUUGGUCUGUUCAUUUACAAGCAUCAGGAGUUUGAAAGGAACAUCAACGUUGCUAAAUUGAAGGUUCUAAUUUGAUAGGCCAAGUCGGUGAAAGUGAUUUCUGUGUUCUUUUAGUAGGAGGGGGUGUAUACGGAAGUGCUGUGCCAUCUUGUACAUUCGACGCUGGUUUAUUUUCUAUAUAGACAAUGGAGUACACUUGAUUCUAGCUAA